UUCACGCCCCCGCCCUGCCCUUCCCGGCGAAUUUGACCUCUCCCCUCCCUUCCCCUUUCACCGCGUACUGUCUGUUGUGUUUGCCGUCACAUUCUUGACCGACACGAAGGUGGCCGGUAGUAGCAAGACGGUGGCCAGAGAUCUGGUGGCCAGAGAUCUGGAACGCAACCACUCCCCCCUCAGAUUCCUCAACUCCAUACUUCUCCGCUUGCCAUGUGCUUACAUCCCUAACCCCGUUUUUCCCACCCUUUUCCCUUUUCCCUUUUCCCCCUGAGCCGCUCUCGGACAGCAUCAUGUUGUCCCGGCCGGCCUUUAGCAUCCGCAAACUGAUCCCGAGUCCCCAGAAGAAGCAGCAUGACGGCCCGGAGGACUACGAGGGGUCGUACUUCUACCACGAUGACGAUGACGAGAUGGACACACUCAGCCGGAUCAAGACAUGGAGGCCGCCAAUGGGGUUGAUGAAGCGGUCCAAAGCGAGCGUCGACGUCCGGCGGAGCGAAGACCUGCACCAGAUCAUCUGCAUCCCGCCAUUGCCCGAUACGCCGCAGUCUUCCACUACUUCUUUGUGCAGCGUUGACAAUGGCUCCGGUUACGUCGUGAAUGCCAACCCUCGCUCUUCGCCUCCCCGCCGUCCGGACAGGAGUCCUUUGGCGAGCCCCUGGAUGAGCCCUCAGAGGAGUCCCCAGAGGAGCCCUCAAAGAAGUCCGCUUCUUCUGCCCCAACAAUUUGAGGACCAACAACAUCCAACGCGAGGCAGGGCCACGGAGCCGACCCACACGCUUCAGCCGCCUCAGCUGACACCUCCCUCGUCCCCUCCCCAACAAGCCGAUAUGGCCAUGGCCCUUGAGACGCCGGUGACCUCACCGGAUACUCUGCCGUCAACACCCGCGACCGCCAGCACCGGCCAGCCGACGUCGCCGGAAGCUGUCACGGUGACGCCGCCACCAGUGACACCCAGAGGGGCCAACAACAGCACCGUCUCCUCACAGGACGUUCGGACUCUCACGCCCCAAGCCGGCGAGGGAUCAGGACUGGGCCAAACCGUGAGCCACAGAAAGUUGUCUGACCUUGAAUUGGACAAGUUCCCGAAGCCCAAAAAUCCAUCGCCAGUGUCGGCUCCUGCGCGCAGGAAGUCACAGCGGCGAAGCCAAGGCUCGGUCAAGUCCGUCAAGUCUCCAACAAAGACAUCGAUGAAAGACCCUUUGUUACCCGCCCAAGCGCGGCUUCCCUCGGGCUCUCGCCCGAAGCGGGCCAAGUCCAAAAAGUCCCGGAGAAAGCCCCGUGUUGCAGCAAGGCAAUCAUCCGUGUGGCAAUUGACGGAAAGCGCCAAGGACUUGUUCACAAUACGCAUCUUCCAUCGGAUAGAGGUCGACGAGAUGCUGCCCGAAAGCACGCUGCAAGAGAUCCGCAUGAGCAGGGCAGCUCGCUGGACGAGGUCCCCCGAACUCGGCGUCACUCACAUCAAGGAGAAGCCGAAAGGGAAAGAAGGGAAAGAAGGGAAAGAGAGCGCAGCUACUACGCCCAUUGAGCCUCUCAGCCUCGACGACUCUCUUGAUGCCGCGAUGGCGGAGGACAUGGUUACCCCCCGCGCCUCUGUCAUCAACCAAGCCACAGCGACUCAAGGAGAGGACUGCAAGACGCCCACGGCGCCCUCCAAAGGGCAGCUGAAACCAGCAGGCGAGGCGGCGAUUGGCCAGGCAAGCACCGAACCGCAAGUGGAAGAACCGCCGCUGCCUGUACAACAACCUGACUCACCAACCGCCAAGUCGUGCGAUGGGGGAGAAGAUGAAGGGAACCUGCCGAUCAUGAUGGUUGUUGAGGGCGAGCCGGCCGCGCCACCUCGGCCGGCGCCGUCGCCUCAAUUGGCUGCAUCGCCAAUGCCCCCUUCGCUCAAAUCUCCUACGCAUCGCCGCAUGCCGAGCAGGCAACUGCCACCCCUCCCCACCAUCCCUGAGGUUAUCACGACGGGCCCCGAGGAAGCGACCCUGUCCCCGACCUCGACACCGCUGCCGCCCGGAACUGCGGCCAAGGCGAACACGGAUGACUACAUCUUCCUCGACAGCAAUCCCUAUACUCUGACGAUGCCGACCUUCCGGCACGGCCAGAUCCGCCUGGCCAAGGCCGAUCUGCCAAUCGGCAAACUGGCCGCGGCCGUCGACGACACGCUGGACUGGACGGCGUUUCAGAUGGCGAUCCUUGGCGGCGCAGGCGACUUUUUUAGCGAGCCGACCGACUACUCACGGCCGUCCGAGGCGGAACUGGAUGAGCUCGAAGAGCUAACCUCGUGGUUCGGCGGCUUCGGGUUCGGCGGGCCAGGGUCUCUCAUCGGUCCGAGCGAACCUCGGACUCCUAUCCAGCCCUGGACCCCCGUCUUCCCUCGCACCCCUACUCUCUCGCCUCCGUCGCCGACCUCCACGCCCAACAGCAGCCCGCGGACGGUAGUCAACGGCCGCAGUCCCGUCAUGCGGCGGAUUGAUCCGCCUGCCGCAACCGGCGCCGAGUGCAGCAACAAUCAUAACAACAACGGUUUCUCUCUCGGUGACUCUAUCGCCGGCCGCUUCUUCCCUUCCCGGUCGCUCGUCCCGCCUGGACCCGGCUACUCCCCCGGCCACCGACGCAGCGUGAGCAGCACAACCUUUGGGCAGGCGCCCUCCCAACCGAAAUUGACGCACUCGGCAUCCUUUGAGAGCCGCAACCAUGCCGGCCUCUCCAUCGAUGCGACGCGGCGUCCCAGUGUCGACAGCAUCCAGAGCCUGCCGCAGAGCCCCAUGAUGGAUCUCGUCGUCAGCCAUGAUGUAGACGGCAACGAGUACAUGGUGCCAAUGGGAUUCAAUCUCAGCCACGACUUGGGUGACUACCUGACGUGGCAGGCCGAGCAUGUCACCGGGGCUGGGUUUGCUGGCGAUGGGGGGAGCCAUAUCUGAUUCUCGGCUCUGUCUGGUUUUUCCUCGCUAUAUAC